AUGGCUAUCGAAUUCCUCGAAACCCUCGAUCUCAAACAGAUCCAAGCGAAGUCGGGCCUAUUUGAGAAAAUGGAGUUUGUCGUCUCCGACGGGGAAGAUGAAAACUUGGCGGCAAUUGUGAGGAAAACAGAGCAGAGCCCACCAGCAUACAGUUUCAAUUUCCUCUUGAACCUGAGGACUGGCUCGUUCCGUAUCACCGAGUCUCUCGGCCAUGCCAUGCGUGCAUGGAUCGAAGUGUCUCAAGAACAUUACCUCUUGCUCAAGGCCGCACCCAAGGACGAAGACGUCGAGCCCGACACCUUUAUCAUUCAAAUCGCUCUCCGUUCGGAUUACAACUUCAAAGUGGAACACGCUGGCCAAGCCUUCACACUGUCCCCUCACCAAGCUUUGAGGUCAUGGAAACUAUCCUUCUGCAUGGCAAAGAACCAAGAUUACAUUGAAAAGCACUGUCGAAACAUUGAAAUCCGUAUCCCUGACUACAAAAAAGCGACGAUUGCGCACCAAUUCGACGCACGCAUUGUUCGACACAUCCUGAACAACAAGGAUUCUAUUGAUGCAAGAGAGAAUGCGAAGCCCUAUUGCUCGGUGCAGCUCCGUGCAUUGGAAGCCGAAAGCAAAGCAGCUGAUGCCGCAAAGGCUUUACUUGACCGCAAGUCUGUCCAAGCUGACGUUUCCGGCCUACCUGGUUUCGAAGAUCGCUUCAUGAUACGAUUGAAAUCCACCAUCGCAAAGGAUCAUUGGAAGCUGGAAGCGCAACAGCUCAUCUGGUUGUCACCUAGUGUCCCGGGAAAGGCAGGGAUGUUCGAUCUUGAACCAACCCAACUCCCAAACGCCCGAGUACAAAAAUGGAGAGCCACAUCGGUCAUCAUCAAAGGAGAUGUUGUUGCUGUCUUGGACAACUACACCACUCCUGAGUUAGCUGCUGCUGCCAAAAAUACUGGACGUGUCUACCUCGAUGUCGUGUUGGAUCGCGAAGAUCCACUCGGUGAUCGGUCCAGCCGCGCGAUCAACAAGAUGCGGAAAGUCCUUCUCAAGGAAAACGGAGAAGACAUCGAAGCAGACAUUUAUCGACUCCCUCUGAGUGGCUUCUUCCUCGAAAAGAAACCGUUCCCAAGCAAUAUUGAUCCGCUUCCGUACCGAGAUACCAGCUUCCAGAAAUUUGUGGUAAGAUUGCAACUCGAAGCAGAGUCCCAUCGGAGGGCCAUUGACUCAGUAUUCCAAUCCCCCACCGGUUGUGCCCUGAUUCAAGGACCGCCUGCCACGGGCAAAACAACGGUCGUUGCGAAAUCACUGCUCAUAGCCCGCGGCUUUGUCGACCUUCGCGGCAAGAUCGUCUGUGCAGCGCACACCAACGAAGCCGUCCGUGUUGCCUGCGAGCGAACGGUGCAGCUUGCCAAGCAGAUGUUCCACAUCGAUCCAAAAGAUCACAUUUGUCUCGUGCUGACGCGUGCAAAGUCGCAAUAUUUUCGCCUGUCAGAAAAGGAGUUUGGGAUAUUGGAAGAUCUGACAUUGGAGGCUCACAUGAAACGCAUUGCCGAUGCCCAGCCUGCAACAUAUGGUGCCUACCGUGCGGGCUUUGCGCAGAUCAUCAAGUGUGGUCGCAUCGAAGACAAGAGGCUUGCCAAAGCACACGACAAAGACCGGGCCGAAUUGUCAAGACUGGUCAUGAUGCAAUGCACCAUAUUCUUUUCCACUCUCGCCACCUGCCACGACAGGGACUCCUUUUUCGGUAAUCGCAACUUCCCUUGUUCCUUGCUGGUCGUUGACGAAGCCUCGCAGGCAACCGAUGUCGCAUUAUUUCAGGCAUGGCUGGCCCUCAAUCCACGCCGAGUUGUCAUGGCCGGUGACCAAAAACAGCUCGCCCCUUACACUGAAAGCGUCGAAGGGGCAUGGGCAUGGGGCACCUCAAUGUUUGAGAAGCUUCAGAACAAGGGCUGUCAACGAGUCAUGUUGGAUGUGCAAUAUCGCACCGUCCAAAACAUCUAUGCCGGCACAAACUUUCAUUAUGACAAUCUCGUCCGUGCUCACCCAUCUACGGUCAACCGGCCUUUUCAAUUGCAGCUACAACAGAUUUUUACAUUGGGAGAGCUUUCUUUUACCGAUGCCGAUGGGAAGAAGGUGGUGUUGGAUUCGAAUAUCAAACUUUUUCACAUCACAGAUACCGAUUGCAUAAAAGUCGGGGCCGGCCGUUCGAGUGCAAAUCAGCAGGAAUUCCAGUUCAUCGCAGGAAUGGUGGCUGCUUUUGGUCUUGCUGGCGUCAGUCCAUCCCACAUUAUGGCCCUCACCGGGUACAAUGGACAACAUAUUCUCCUCGCCGAUUUGGAGCAAGACUUUCCCGGCCUGAGAGCCCGGAAGAUCGACUCCAGCCAAGGUGGAGAGGCCGAUAUUGUCGCGUUUUCUGUUACUAGGACCAUGCAGUCGGGCAUCGGCUUCUUGCAACAGAGUCGGCGCCAGAAUGUCGGUACCAGUCGCGCUCGUGAGGCCAUGUACAUUGUCGGGAACCCAAACCUUUUUGUUCAAUCCAAAGGCUGGCAGGGAUGGUUUGACUCACUCAAAAAGGCCAACAGCAACCUCGUCGUCACGAUCAAGGGUCCAGUCAAAUGGAAAUUCGGCGAUCGAGCCGUGACACUUCCCGCCAGCGCGUCAGCAAUCCCAACGGAUGUUCGUUCUUCGACUGCCGAUGUCGGCGAAAAGCUUGCCAACAUGAAGCUGGAACCGAAGCUGGAAAAGGAAAAUUGGACUGACAAUGACUGCAACGCGUACAUCAGCGGACUUCAUGACAGCGAGAGAAACCCGGCUCGUCAUUUCUUCAGACAAAUGUCGGCAGCGAAGCAGCAAGAUGACAGAACCCAAUGGAUCUAA